CUAUGGAGCUCUACCCUCCUGUCCUAACCUAACUCCUUUUGACUUUGGUAGCUGUCAAGUCUGUUUAUUAUUUUGGAUCCAUAAUCCAUAUUCAGUUUUUGGACCUGCUUGGAGAAAUUUGAUAAGGUUAUGUUUACUGUGGAUAGAUGGGAAGCAAUAGGAUAUGUUCUUUCAGAGGUUGCAAUAAUAGUAGUCGAAACAAGAAUUGCUGCUUCUUUGAGUUUCCCCAAGAUUUCAAUUUGUGCAUUCAAUGGGUAGAAAUAAUAGGUUGUAAGGAGCUUCUCGAGGAUUUUGCAUUUCAAGGACCUGAGCCUUUUCGAGGAAGAUUUAUAUGUUCGGAUCAUUUCACAGAAGAAGAUUUUGUUGAUAAUUGUAAUACAACCUCAGGCUUGAAGAAAGAUGCCGUCCCUUUUUAUUUCAUAUCCAACAGAAAAUCUGAAGAUUCAAUGACUAAAAUUUCUGUCAAAUCUGAACAGUCAGAUGGUGAUUUCUGGGAUGAACAUGGCAUAACCAAUUCUUCUGUAUUUCCAGAUGAUAUUUUGAGUAGUGUUAAAGUUGAAGAUGAAUCUAGUCAUUUCUCGCCAUCAGGUGAUUCUUUUCAAUCGGCAUAUUUCAAUUUGAAAAGAAAAAGUAAGGAAAGAGUAAGAAGGCGUGCCAAUGAAACCCCUGAACAGCUUGCUGAAAGAAGGUUGCAGUGUGCUCAAAGGGCCUAUCUGCGCAGAAAAAUGGAAACACUUCAAGAGAAAGAGACAAGAAGGAAAGCUAAUGCAGAGAGGCAAGCAAAAAAACGUAUGUCGGAAACUCCAGAGCAGAGGGAAAUCCGUCGGGUGAAAGAUGUCCUGAGGUCCAGGCGAAGAAGACAAACUGAGACGGAGGAAGAAACAAGAUUAAGAAGGAUGCAGGAUGCGGCCCGUGCGCAAGCUCGAAGACAGAACGAAAGUGAAGAAGAAAAGAUCAUGAGGAGGAUGAGGGACUUGGAAAGAGUGACGAAAAGAAGGAGAAAUGAGACAGAUGAGGAGAGGAUGGAGCGUUUGCGGAAGAAUCGCGAAUAUAGUGCUAAGAGAAGAUACGAACAAAGAUUAGAGCAAGAAUUGACCCAACCUAGAAACCCGAUGGAUGAUACAUUCUUGACGUUGAGAAAUUUGGAGCAGGAUAUGCCUGGUGUGAAUGGGGGUUUCUUCCAAUCAUUAGCGGCUUUCACUGAUCUACACAGUGAUAAUCAUUUGAACGAUGCUACUUUCAACAAAGUUAAUACCGAACAUAAUAGUAAUACCAGAAUAAUUCCUGGAGUAGCAAACUUGAAUGCUUGUAAUUUGAGUAGUUUGGCUUUUUCUCAUUUCCUUUCAAGUUUAUCACAAGACAGCAAUUCCUUUGAAGGAACCUCAGAGGAGUCCAUGAGAUCAUUAUCGAAUGACUCAUCCUACGAUGUCCCAGUUGUUCGACCAAAUGGUGAAGAACAUCCGCUCAGUGAGAAAACAUGUGAAAUUUCGGCGCAUACUUGAUGAACUGCCUGUUUUCUGCGUCACUCGAUCUCUCCAGACUCUAUACUUAUUCCUAAAAUAAGUUAUAGUUGAAAAAUUGGGGCGCCUGAUGUACAGAUGAAAAAGUUAUAUGUAUAUGUAUAAAUAUUAUAGCUGAUAUUGCCUUUUUGUUAAUUUCUGUAAUGUAAUAAAUUAUUAUAUUUACUAAUUUUAGUGACCUCAGUUGUUGGUACACAGUUGUUACUUAAUAAAAUUUCGUUUUAAC